GAAGAGAGGUAGAGAGAAAGAGACUAGUUUCUAUAGUUUAUUUCUCUAAGAUAAAAUAUUUUUAGAGUGAAAAGAGAGACUCCAUCUUUUCAUUAAAGAUCCAGCAAAUCCUUCUACCUAAUAAAUUCACCAUUGUUGAAGAGAGACUAAACCUUAGUUUCUCUCUAGGUUACAAUAUUUAUGUGUCCCCGUUGUAUUGUUGAAGAGAGAGAAGAUAAAUCUAAGUUUCUCUCUCUAGGUUCCCAUAUUUAUGUGCAAAACAGAGAGUCAAUUUUUUUCUGAGAGCGAUCAAAUAUUCUUAGAGUGAAAGGGAGACCCAAUCUUUAUCGACAGAUCCAAUAUAUAUCCAUUUCCAAAUUCCAUGUGAAAAGGGCAGCUCUCUGUUCUUUCAAUUCACGCAAAGAAAGCCAAAUCUCUUCAUCAAAUCUCUGCAACCCAGUAGAGAGAGAAAGAGAGAUUCCUUCAAAUCUAUGCAACUCAACUGAGAUAGAGAGAGAUCCUUUCAAAUCCUUUUUACCUAACAAGAGAGAGAGGAGAGCUUUUCCUAUCAAUUCCCUGCGACCCCAAUUGACAUAAUCACUGAUUAACUAUGUCAUUUGCAGAGGAGGAGGAAUCCCUAGAGCACACCCUCCUCGUAGUGAGAGAAGUCUCUGUGUACAAAAUCCCACCUAGAAGCACCAGUGGUGGGUAUAAAUGUGGGGAAUGGCUCCAAUCUGAUAAGAUUUGGUCAGGUAGAUUGAGAGUGGUGUCUUGCAAAGAUCGGUGCGAGAUCAGGCUCGAAGACCCCAACACAUGCGAGCUCUUUGCUGCUUGUUUUGUUCUUCCAGGCCAGAGAGAGAAUUCAGUUGAAACAGUUCUUGAUUCAUCUAGAUACUUUGUUCUGAAGAUCGAAGAUGGGAGUGGAAAACAUGCUUUUAUUGGUCUCGGAUUUGCAGAGAGAAAUGAGGCAUUCGAUUUCAAUGUGGCUUUAUCGGAUCAUGAGAAGUAUGUGAAGAGGGAGAAUGAGAGAGAAAGUGGCGAGGAGAGUGAUGAUAGUCACAUUGAUAUUCACCCCGCUGUGAAUCAAAGGUUGAAGGAAGGAGAGACCAUCCGAAUCAAUGUGAAGAACAAGCCGUCAACUGGAACUGGCAUGCUCUCUGCUGCUGGUCUCUCAGGAGGCAGUUCAGGCAUCACUAAACCAAAACUGAGCCUUGCGCCACCUCCAAGUGGGUCUGGAAAGAUCAGAUCCCCUCUUCCACCACCACCCAAUGAUCCUGUUGCUGCUAGAAUGGGUUCUGGUCAUUCAAAGGAUAGCGCUCGAAAAACUGUGGAUCCCUUAUCAACUCUUUCUCAGAUCGAGAGGAGCCUGCCUUCUACAGCUGGAUCAGCCUCGGCAAAAACCACAGCUUCCGGAUGGGCAGCAUUCUGAUCACUGGAUCUCAAUCACUCCUGCCCUGAAAGGAUACAGGCAUGCCCGCUCAGUAUCGCGCCUUAGAAUGUGAAGCAUUUCGUUGUUAUUUACUCUUCAAUUUUAUCCCUUCCUGGCUGAUUCUUCGUUUGAGUUUUGCACCAUCCUUUUCUUCAGAAUCUCAUCUCAGAAAUGGAAUUUAUAAUCCUUAUAUGUAUACAUGAAAGGGGAAAUCCCUUGCUAUCCUUUCUUUCAAAUAUCUUCUGCCAUUUCUUUUAUA